ACACAUGUUCGAGAUGUUGAACGAAGCAACGCGUUGUUUUGUCCCUGGUGCGGAUCAAGGAGUAAAUCGCAUUGGGAAAAAUUUGAGAGUAUGUUGCGACUCGCUGUCGAUCGAAAGGGAUAUUAUUUGGUCGAGCAUUUGGUAAAAACACGAUGCUGUUGUCGCGUGAAAAGUUUUGUUACUCGUUCUACGACGAGAAGCUUGGAUACGUAAAAGAUAGAAGAACCGAAAAGCAGAAUGCAAAUGUCGCUAUGAGCAUGACGGCGAAUCGCCUAGUCGUGCUUUUCGUUUUCGUGUCAGGAAUCGCUGUUGCUGUCAUCGGCACCUUACUGUCUCAAUACAUUCGUGGUUUCCUGAAAUAUUUACCAGAUCACGACUAUCGUCAUGUAUUUAUACCGCUUCCGACGGAAGGUGAGUUAAACGUGUACGACGAAGGUACCUUGGAUUUAGCGUUGCCAAGGACUGAGCUGCGUCAUCAAUUGGAAAUAGAGAAUAGGGCGACAUCCACCGCGGAAGCUUUAACCUCGCUGUAUCUGGCAUUGGAGAUGAAGUUGUCGGGCAAACAAAAGAAAGCGAUCAAAUUGUUUCAGCAUGCCGUGGCUUUAGCACCCCGCCACCCAGAUAUCUUGAAUCAUUACGGCGAGUUUUUGGAGCACACACAGAACGAUGUUAUCAAAGCAAACGAAUAUUAUGUGCGUGCAUUGAGUUUUCAACCGAACCACGAAGGUGCACUAAUAAACAGUCAAAGAACGGCUCGAGUAGUCGAAGAGUUGGAUCGGAGAAUGCUCCGACGCAUAGACGAAAAAAGAAACACACUGUCCACGAUUCCUGAUAACAAUGCCGCCUUGAUACGGGCAAAGAAGGAGGCUUAUUUUCAGCAUAUCUAUCAUACAGUUGGCAUCGAGGGGAACACAAUGAAUUUAGCUCAGACCCGGGCGAUCGUUGAAACGCGUACCGCUGUUGCUGGUAAAAGCAUCGAUGAGCACAACGAGAUUCUCGGCUUGGAUGCUGCAAUGAAAUACAUCAACGCGACCCUGGUCAACAGGAUGGGAUCGAUUUCCAUUAAGGAUAUAUUAGAAAUUCAUAUGCGUGUUUUAGGACACGUGGAUCCCGUUCGAGGUGGUCAAUUUCGACGUACUCAAGUGUACGUUGGUGGUCAUGUACCUCCUGGUCCAGGAGAUAUUCAUUAUCUUAUGGAAGAAUUCGCGUUAUGGUUAAACAGCGAAAGAGCUAUUCGAAUGCAUCCAGUCAGAUACGCCGCUCUAGCGCAUUACAAGUUGGUACAUAUACAUCCGUUUUCUGAUGGUAAUGGUAGAACAUCUCGUUUGCUUAUGAACAUGAUUCUUAUGCAAGCUGGUUAUCCUCCGGUUAUUAUCCACAAGCAGCAUCGACACACGUAUUAUGAGAAUCUUCAAAUAGCGAAUACCGGCGAUGUCCGACCGUUUGUUCGAUUCAUAGCAGAAUGCACGGAACAAACGUUGGACCUGUUCCUGUGGGCAACCAGCGAAUUCUCUAGGCAGGUUCCCGCGCUUAGUCAAGAUACCUUGUUCACCGAACGACGCGAUACCAUCGUUUUGGAGGAUGACGUGGCGACGGAUAGCGUUACCAAUGCCUUUGACACUGGCUAAUAGCCUCAGCCAGCUUCUCCAAUUUACGCUACACGUUCCCAAGUAUCGUUAACGUUCGUUAAACCAAAGAUCUGGAUUCGCCAAACUAUUCUGUUCCGUCUGCAACAGCGCUCUUUGUAUUUAAGUCGGAAACUGGGUUUUGCGAGCCUCCAACUUAUGCCUUGGAAUUGCGAAUGUUUGUCCUCCUUUUGCCUUUUGCUCCCAUCUAACGAAUUGAACAUUCAUCCCGUUUCUACAGUUUUGUUACCUAUGUUAUUAAGUGUACAUGACCGCACACACACUUUCCCUUUCGUUAACUAGGUCUUUUCUUGAUUUGUUUUCCUCAACGAUCCGUCGACGUACAUACGUUCACGAUUACCGACACAUUUUCUCCCAUACGACCCGGUAGGCUUCCAUUUAUAAUUUCUCUUGCUUUUUAUCGUAUGCGCCAAGACAGUCGAAAAACGGAAAAUCGUGUGAAACCCAAUCAAAGACUGUGAUCUAAUUUAGGAAUAUACGUAAGUUAAUAUUUAAUUAGGCGAAUUUUAAACAUCGAUAUGGGAUGUAUGUUGAAAACGUCGCGUAUAAAUUUAAGGUUAGAUGCGUAAUCGCUACUCGCUGGUCGAGCUACUUGCGAUACGACGUAAAUACGUACGCGACUUUUAAUAAAUCCAUUAUUUUCUAA